ACCCAGCUGUAUCCCACCCUGUUUUCUCUUUACCUUUAUGUUCAUUUCUCUCUCUUCCUCACCCUCUUCUCUUCUCUUCCCACAACUCACCAACACAAAACCAAACAAACCUAAACCCCCCCUACCUUCAUAGCUUCCCCUUUUUUCCAUUACCUGAAAACAUGAACCACACUCUCACUCCUUCUCCUUCUCCUUCACCUUCACCUUCCUUCCUCCUCAUGCUGCUAAUUCAGCAUUCCCAUUUCCUCCACUAGCAUUCAUUCCCUUUCCCCUUCUCCUCUCUUCCCUGUUCUUCCAACAAACCCUAACCACCAACGCCAUGGAUCCUUGCCCUUUCGUGCGCCUCACUGUAGGCAACCUCGCUCUCAAAAUCCCCGUCGCGUCCAAGCCAGCACGCUCCGUCGUCCACCCUUCCUCCUCCCCCUGCUUCUGCAAAAUCAAGCUCAAGCACUUCCCUCCACAAUCCGCUCUCGUCCCCUUCAUCCCUACCGAAACCAACCUCCCGGACGCGCAGGUUCACCCCAUCGCCGCCUCGUUCCACCUCAGCAAGCCCGAUCUCGACAAGCUCGUUGGAAAAUCCAUCUUCGCUAAGAAGCUCUGCCUCGAAAUCUCGAUCUACACCGGCCGGAGAGGCACCACUUGCGGCGUCAGCUCCGGGAGACUGCUCGGGAAAGUGUCUGUACCUAUAGACCUCGCCGGAGCGGUGAAUAAGGCUACGGUGUUCCACAAUGGCUGGAUUACGGUUGGGAAGGAGGCUAAAGGCUCCUCCGCGCAGUUUCAUCUGAAUGUGAAGGCUGAACCUGAUCCUAGAUUCGUUUUUCAGUUCGACGGUGAACCAGAGUGUAGUCCACAAGUUUUCCAGAUCCAAGGCAACAUUUCUCAACCAGUCUUCACCUGCAAGUUCAGUUUCAGAAACAACAGUGAUCGGAAUCAACGUUCCAGAUCGUUACAGUCAGAAGCGGGUGGUUCCCGGAGUUGGUUAAGCUCGUUCGGAAGCGAACGCGAGCGGCCGGGGAAGGAACGCAAGGGAUGGUCCAUAACGGUUCACGAUCUCUCCGGCUCACCGGUGGCUGCAGCGUCCAUGGUUACACCCUUCGUUGCUUCACCCGGUUCGGACCGGGUGAGCUGCUCCAACCCUGGUUCGUGGCUAAUUCUUCGACCGGGUGAUGGCACGUGGAAGCCAUGGGGGAGGCUCGAGGCGUGGCGCGAACGCGGCGGUUCCGAUGGGCUUGGUUACCGGUUUGAGCUUAUACCAGACACCAGCGCCGCCGGCAUUGUGCUAGCAGAGUCCACGCUGAGCUUGAACAAAGGAGGGAAGUUCGUGAUUGAUAUGAGCAGCCACCGCGGUAGCGGUGGCGGCGGAGGUGGUGGAUCUAACGGCCGUGCCACGCCGGGGAGCGCGACGUCGCCGGCGUGCAGCCCGAGGGGUAGUGGAGAUUACGGUUACGGGCUUUGGCCUUAUUGCAUGUACAGAGGAUUUGUGAUGUCUUCCAGCGUGGAGGGUGAGGGAAGGUGCAGUAAGCCCACGGUGGAAGUGAGCGUGCCGCACGUGAAUUGCACGGAGGAUGCGGCGGCGUUCGUGGCGUUAGCCGCGGCGGUUGAUCUGAGUGUGGACGCUUGCCGCCUCUUCUCACAGCGGCUGAGGAAGGAGCUUUGCCAGCAGAUGGAUUUACUUGGCUAAGCAAGCUCUGUUGUCGUUUCAUGCUUUGGCCCCCGUCGUUUUCUUUAUUAAUUUUUUUUUUUUUUUGAAUGGGGUUGUUCAAUUUGAGUGAGGCAAUUUACUACUAACAAACAAAUUUACAGGCUGUACAGAGUGGAGGGUGGUAUUAGAGAGAGUGGGUGCUUUGUAUUCACGUGUGGCUUUUUUCAUUGAUUUUCUCUCCUUUUUUGUCAAUUAUGGGAAAUCAAGAAAAAGCUUUUCUUUUAUCGAUUUUUUGCAGAACAACUGUUGUUGCCCUGACACAUCACUCAUGUGUCUCUGUUUUUCAUUUUUGCCUUAAUUUGUGUACCUUACUAAUCUCUAGUCAUUUUAAUCUGUAAGUAAGUACUGGUAAAUCUUUGUUA